AUGGGCGAAGACGCAACCCAGGUUGCGGAUGCUGGCAACACUCUCAUCCUCGAAGGACGGCCCGAGUCCGAGUACACGCCCCUUUUACAGACGCGGAAACAGGCCCGUCUGGUAUGUCUGGAAGAGCACGCCGUGUCGCCGUACCCCACGCCGGCGAUCUCGUCGACAUUUGGGGUCUUCAAGCCCUCGUAUGUGGCCGGGCUCAAGGACCGGCUGGGCGACAUAGCCCUACGGGUCAAGAUCAUGGACGCCAACAACAUCGGCGCGCAGGUCAUCUCGAUGAAUCAGCCGACGGCCCAGGCGUUUGUGGACCUGGAAGAGCAGCUCGAGUGGUGCCGCAAGUCGAACCAGUUCGUCUACGAGAACUACUGCCAGAAAUACCCUGACCGGUUCUUCGCCUUUGCGACGCUGCCGACGCAGAGUGGCGAGGCCGCCGCGGUGGAACUGGAGCGCUGUGUCAAGGAGUACGGCUUUGUCGGGGCCAUGAUCAACGGCUUCACAAAUACCGCGGACCCUACCAAGGGAUUGUACCUCGAUGAUCCGCAGUUUGACAAAUUGUGGGAAGUCUCCGAGCGCCUGCAAAAGCCCAUCUUCAUCCACCCCCGCGUGCCGCUGGCCAGCAAUAUCAAAGUGUUGGAGGAUAUGCCCAUCUUCCACGGUGCCCCGUAUGGUUUUGGGAGAGAGACGGUCGAGCACGUCCUGAGGCUGAUGUACAGUGGUGUGUUUGACCGGUUUCCUAAGUUGAAGAUUUGUCUGGGUCAUAUGGGCGAGGGGUUAUCUUGGAUCUUACCCAGAACGGACUCCACAUUCCGUCUCUACAAUGCUGAGGCGCAAGGUCCCAAAAAGAAGCGAUUCCAGGAUUACUUCCAGCAGAACAUCUUGCCGAACACCAGCGGCAUGCCCAGAACCGCAGCCCUGAUGAAUCUGAUGGCAGAAUCGAGAGUGGAGAAUAUCAUGUUUGCCGUGGACUAUCCCUAUGAGUCAAUCGCUGAGAUGAGAGCCUGGUUUGAGACAGUACCUAUAUCUGAUGAGAACUGGAGGGAUAUUGGGUACCGCAACGCCAUCAGACUGUUUGGACUGCCCCUUGAUUAUGACUAG